AUGGCUGACAACAACCGAAAAAGAAAUCAUAAUCAUUGGAAUCAAAAAGUAAAGCAGAAAUCAGUUGAAGCUGGAGUAACUGGUCUCUUUUUCUCAUGUGAAGGACACGAGAAACAGGCACUUCAAGAAGCGUACAGCAUUAUCGAUGAACUUUUAGAAGAUCCUCAGAUUUCUACGGCUCCCGAAGUUGUUCCCGAAGAUGUCAAGGCUUCAGAAGCUAAGCCAGAAGUCGAUGUUGGAGAUGACUCAGAUGAGGAUAUUGCCGACGCACUGAAAAAAGCGUGUGAUGAUCAACGACAAGCGAAACCUGGAAAUGGAAAACCUGGGAAAAAAGAACGGAGAUGUAUUCAACGACCGACUGGAGUCAAAAAUUGUAUUUUUGUUAGUGUGAAGAAUGCUAAAAUCGAACUUUUGGCCGAAAAAAUGGUAGAUUUAACACAGAAAGCUCCGAGAUGUCGAUAUCUUCAAAGAGUUUAUCCAGUAGAACACACGAUGGCAGUGGAUUUAUCAAAAAUGAACGAAGUAUUAAUGAAAGUUAUUUCGGACACACUGAAACCUAAUGACGAAGGAAAACUUCCUACAUACUCAGUGGAAUUCAAAGCACGAAAUAACGAUUCUGUGGCACGAGCUUCUGUCCUUCAAAUGGUCGAUGACGCAAUUUGUGUGUUGGCUCCAGCAGCAAGAGUGAAUUUGAAUCAUGCCGACGUCACAUUCUUCGUUCAAGUAUCUCGUACAACAAUCAUGAUCGGAGUUUGCCGUCAGUUCUACGACCGGAGGAAGUACAGCCUGCGUCCCGUGAAGGCCGUCACCAAUGCAGUCACCGCAGCCGAAUAA